UGUCGGGGUUGCAUUGCACAGUAGAUGCAUCGGUUGGUCCAGUAAUUAGUUGCGGAUCAGAGCGCUGGUGCGAUGUUAUAGCCGGAGUGAACCGCUUACGGCUCUCGAUUCUGUGCGAUCGAUUUGUGGUGGAACGUAGUGAAUACAUAAUCGUAAGCAUGAGAACCGAACAGAUUUUCACCGAGAAAAGCCUUCUUGUGCAAUCGCUGAAGAUCUCUAACAAUUUGGACCGCAAAAAAUCCCUUUCAACGUCAAUAAUACCAACCCAGAAUCAGAACUUUCUGUGUGUACCACUACUACAUAAUGGACUACAUCAUCCGAAAUCCGUGGAGGUGGAAGGAAACCAUGGAUUCCAGGAUAUUGUCAUUCAUUCGGAAGUGGGAUCUUCGUAUCAGUCGAUGACGCGGAGUAUCUCUCAAUCUACGCUGACCAUUCCGGAGAAUUACAGUUUUACCUCGGUGCAUAUCAAGGUUUACAAGAGGCGAUGGGUGAUGUUGGUGCUCGGUAUGAUGAGCAUAGCGAUCUCCUACGUGCAGUGGAUUCAGUACAGUAUUGUAGCGAACAUCAUUGUGCGAUAUUACGAUAUAAGUUCUACAUGGGUUGAUUGGACUUCGAUGAUUUUUAUGGUGGUAUAUGUUGUGUUUGUAUUUCCGAUUUCUUACCUGAUGGACACCCGCAAUUUACGACAAACGGCGGUCAUUGGAUCGGUUGGAACAGCCAUUGGUGCUUGGAUAAAAGUGUUCUCUGCAGAUCGUGAGCAAUUUCAACUGGUUCUGGUGGGGCAAACCAUUUCUGCAAUCUCCCAGGUAUUUCUGCUGAGCAUACCAUCUCGAUUGGCGUCCACCUGGUUCGCUCCAGAGGAAGCGUCAUCGGUUUGUGCUUUCGGCGUGUUCGCUGCACAGCUGGGUAUCGCCGCUGGGUUCUUUUUCACCCCGAUUGUGAUAAUCAAUCAUGAUGACCUCACACAGACUGGUGUGGAGUUGAAGAUAUUUCUGAUGGCUGUAGCCGGAAUUUCGACGGUGAUCGCUUGCAUGGUUCUUGCAGUGUUUAAAUCGGCUCCGCAGUUCGCGCCCAGUCAUGUGCAAGCAAUCCAACGAACGAUGAAGUUGAAGAGAGAGGACUACUGGCCAGCUGUCGGCCGACUGAUGCAGCAUGACAACUUUCUUAUUUUGGUGAUCGCGUACGGAAUUAACGUCGGCAUUUUUAAUGCAUUUUCCACGCUGCUUAAUCAAAUCGUGGUGAAUUAUUUUCCGACGGGUGAGGCCGAUGCUGGACGAAUCGGUUUAGGGUUGAUCGUUCUUGGGUUGGUUGGAUCGAUGGUUUUCGGGUACCUUUUGGAUACGAUGCACAAAUAUAAGGCAACCGCCAUAUGGGCGUGUCGUCUGUCGGCACUCACGCUAGUUAUUUUUGCAUUGGCGUUGGAAAGUCGCUCGAAGAAGCUGGUAUCAGUGGCUUCAGUCUUUCUUGGGUUCUUCAUGACAGGAUUUCAACCAAUAGGUUAUGAAUUUGCUGCCGAAUUGACAUUUCCUGAACCGGAUGGACCCGUCUCGGGAAUGUUGAACAUUUCAACGCAGAUUUUUGGCAUCGCUGUGACGCUGCUGAUAUCUGGUCUUCAACAGUUCUUGGGGGAUUUUUUCGGCAAUAUGGUAUUCGCCGCGUUUCUCGUGAUUGACGCGCACAUCAUAUCACUCAUAAAGUCGGAGCUGCGACGGUUUAAUACCCACUUGGAGAUUCAAAACGAGGCUGCCAAAGAGUACGCCGAGGAUGCUUGUACUCACUUUGAAAAUUACAGUUGCGACGACGUGCCUCUCAAGCUGAGAAUAGACGAUUGCAGCAGUUAGAACGAGAGGCAGUUCACAGAAAUGCCAGAGAUGCAUGUGUAAAUAUUCGAUUGUAAAUUGUAAAUAAUUCGCGCUCAGCUGAUAAGAGUAAACGGGGAGAAUAAAGAGGAUGAGUGAUUCAGAUUGUCACGCUACAAACCGAGCGAGACGAUCGAGCAACUGCUCGAA